CCAGGAAGUUGGUCACCAGAUAACACUGAAACCAGUUAAACCGUAACACCGGAGCUUCACAAUUCAGUGCUUUGAAAGCAACCUACCUUUUAAACAUUAAUGAUAUUUAUUUUAUUAUUUAACCUCUUUAGUCAUGAUCACCAGGGACUGUAUUGUUUUACUUCAUCUGAUAAUGCUGAUAAAUGAAGUGUCUCUGCAGGUCAGUGUUAAGGGUGUUAUCGGAGGUUCUGCUGCUUUACCGUGUUCUUCUAAACAAUCUCUGCUUACCGUUGAAGACAUUACAGUAAAUUGGAAACACCACGACAGACUGAAAGUAUAUGACAUUGUUAAGGGUAAAGGCUCUCUGGAAGGACAGAAUCCAGAGUACAAGAACAGAGCUGAAAGCUUCCCUGAGGAGUAUCUGAGAGGAAACUUCUCCAUCAAACUCAACAACCUUCAACUCACCGAUGCAGGAAAAUACCAGUGCUACAUCAUAGAGGAAUCAACAAUUCAAACAGUGGAGCUAUUUAUCGAAGAGCCUCAUCGGGUCUUGAUUGAGCAUUCUGUUGGAAGUUCUGCUGUUUUACCGUGUUCUUCUAGAAAAUCUCAGCUUACAACUGAAGACAUUACAGUUCACUGGAGACACAACGAGACUCUGAAAGUGUAUGACAUUAUUAAGGGUAAAGUCUCUCUGGAACAACAGGAUUCAGGAUAUUACAACAGGACUGAAAUUAUCCGUGAGAAGUAUCUGAAAGGAAACUUUUCCCUCAAACUUAACAACCUUCAACGCAAUGAUACAGGAACCUACACAUGCCACGUCACAAAUGAAUUACUAAUUCAAAGUGUGAAACUAGAAGUUAACCAAGGAGCACAAGCAAGAACAGAGAAGAUUUUACUAGUGCCUUUACUUUCUGUUUCCAUUCUGCUCUGUAUGAAUUUUAACCCAUUCCUUACUGCUGAACCACUUCAACUCUGUGAUGUUGGUGGGUUUCCUCAUAUGAACUGCUUCUUGGGGUCCUUCCACAACAUUUCAAUCGGAUUAAGGUCUGGACUUUGACUCAGCCUUUCCAAAACAUUAACAAAAAAGUUAUUAUUUAACCAUUCUUUGGUAGAAUGACUCGUGUGCUUGGGGUUGUUGUCUUGCUGCAUGACCCACGUUCUCUUGAGACUCUGUUCUUAAACAGACGUCCUGACGUUUUCCUUUAGGACAUUUUCAUUUGCUGCUAUAACUCAGAAUUCAUUGUUCCAUCAUGUCCUGACCAAGAUGCAGCAAAACAGGCCAAAGAUACUACCACCACCAUGUUUCACAGAUGGGAGAAGAUUCUUAAGCUGGAAUGCAGUGUGUUCUUUUCUCUGAACAUAAUAGCUUCUCAUUUAAACCAAUAAGUUCUAUUUUGGUUUCAUCCAUCCAUUAAACCUUUCUCCAGUAGUCCUCUGGCUUGUCCACAUGAUCUUUAGCAAGCAAUUUUCUUUCUUCUUGCAGCUCUGCCAUGCACACCAUGGUUGCUCAGUGUUCUCCUGAUGGAGCCCUCAUGAACAUUAUCAUUAGCCAGUGUGAGAAAGGCCUUUAGUUGCUCAGAAGUUACCCUGGGAACUUUUGCACCCUCGCAGACUAUUACACGUUCUGCUUUGGAGUGAUCUUUGUUGGUCGACCAGUGGUCUUGAAUUUCCUCCAUUUGUACACAAUCUGUCUGACGGUGGAUUUGUGGAGUCUAAACUCUUUAGAGAUGGUUUUGUAACCUUUUCUAGCCUGAUGAGCAACAUCUGAGGUCCUCAGUAAUCUCCCUUGUUCGUGACAUGAUUCCCUUCCACAAACAUGAUCAGAGUUUAUUAGAUCCCUGUUCUUUGAAUAAAACAGGUCACGUUCUGACAUUUGAUAGUCAUUGCACUGACUGAAAACACCUCUAAUUUCACUUUUAAAUUAACUGCUAAUCCAAGAGAUUCACAUACAUUUGCAAUGCACAUAUAUUUAACACUGGAUCAUUUUUCUCAAUAAAUAAAUGACAAAGAAAAUAUUUUUCUCUCACUUGUUUGAUUCGGUUCUUAUACUGGACUUAUAUGGAAAUCUGAUGAUGUUUUAGGUCAUAUUUAUGCAGAAAUAUAGAAAAUUCUAAAGGGUUCACAAACUUUCAAGCAGCACUGUAUAUAUGUGUGUGUUUGUUGUGGAAGAUGCUUUUUUAUAUACUUCGUGCACUAUAAAGGUAUUCAUCUCAAAGCGUUGUCAGCUCUAUACAAUCCUAAAAAUAAAGGUUUCAAAGGGUGUUUUCAGCGAUGCCAAAUAACCUUUGAGUGAACAUUUCAUUUCUUGUUAGUGUGAAGCACAUUUUAAUAAUCUGAAGAAACUUUUUCCUCUAUAAAGGACCUUUUGCACAUUGGAAGGUUUCCAUUGAUGAAGGAUAUUUAAUGUUCUUCAUGGAAUCAUCGUUGAAUCUUUCUUGUGCGACAGCAUGUUAUUGUGCCAUGUAUAAAAUUAACUAAAUAGCUUUUUGUCCUCAAAUAAAUGAAUUUUA